GCUAAUCAUCGGGGCGAAAAUCGAUCGCAGUAGGAGGAAAACGACGAAAAAUAAUCUUUUAUUCAAAAAAAAAAACGAGAAGCCCAGAUGUCUGCGCCAACCGAAACCCAGGCCCGCGAGCUCAAGAUCGAUGGUGGUGACGGUAACCCCUUCACCCUGGAGCGAGAGCCGGAUUCAAGAACCGUCAUCACCAUCGCUCACUACAGGACGACGGACAAGCCCGAGCCACUCGUGAUGCCUUUGAGUCUGCAGGCACCUGGGGCAGGACGAGGAGGGAGAUGUGUGGAGGAUGAGGAAGAUGAUGCUGAUGAUGAAGUUAAAGAAGAGCCAGAGGAUGAAAAGGAGCCAGAGGAUGAAGAGGAGCCAGCGGAGGACGAGGAGGACGACGAGGAGGUUGAAGAGCGCCUGGAGGAGGAGCCAAGAAACGUUACCGGAGGAGACGAGGCCAGCGAGGGAGACGCGUCACUUGGCAGCCUUCGUGCUCCAUCUGAUGACGAGGGGGAGCAAUCUCCUUGGAAUUCGGAUGGGGCCGAAGAGGGGCGCAGAUCUCCGACCUGGUCAGUGUCAUGGUACAGCGAUCUUGGUUCCUGGAACAGGAUGAUAAUGGGGUCGUCGGCCAGUAGCCGUAGCCUGAGCAGCAUCAGCUCGCUGUCGACUUUCCGGUCGCCAGUGUGCUCGACCUCGGGCUACGUGUCCGGCGGCGCCUUCGACCUGGAAGACGAUGAUGAUGAAGGUGUUCUGGAUGAUGAUGAGGAUGAUGAGGAGGAGGAUGUGAUGGAGGUGGCGAUGGAAGCCGAUGACGAGGAGGAUGUGGUGAAUGUGGAGAUGGCGGGCGAUGAUGCCGAAGCAAUCGACGAUGCGGUGCCAGAGUAGGAGAAGGAGGAAGCUGCUGGGCCGUCACCGAGCUCCAAUCCAUUGAAAAGAUCUGCCACAGAUCUUCCGGAUGACGAGCCCAGCACAAAGCGGCCAACUUCGCCGACAAUGGCCGGAUCGUCAUUUCGCUCUCGUCAACGCCACGAUUCGGAACUCCACCGACCAAAGCAACCUGGAAUUGAAAAAAAUAUUGAAGAAUCUCGGCAUUGAGGAUAUGGAGUGUGAUGAGUAUUUUGUGAUGCCGUUCAAGUCAGCGACUCAGAAAAAAUUGGUGGUUUUUAAUGUCACUGGUGGUCAAUCGGCGGCCCUGCUCACUGCCAGAAUUGAUAAAGCGCGAUGGAUGAGCUCAUUCAGCUUCGAUUUCCCUUCUGGCCAGUUUCUUUGGCCCUCAAUUUGUAUGGACGAUUUGUCAAAUUGCACAUCUUGGCCACCUCUUCAUCCAACUUCGUAUCACACGAUGAGGCUCUCCAAGAUGUGCAUUUGAUCAAGACCGCCUUCGACGAUGAAGAAAUUGUGAAGAGUGCAAAGGAAAGGAUGACUGCGAAAGGAUUUAAGACUUAUUGGAGGAUUCGCAAGGAGUUGUUGGAUGCGUCGAUGAAU